UAAGCACGAGCACAACCGAGCCCACACCCGCGCGCACAACGACCUGUCAAACUCUUCCGACUCGUUGUUCUCCUCGCGAUCCCGCUGUUUCGACGAAUCUCACGGUUGGUACUUUCGCCCACUCUUCUCGACCUCUUCCCUGUCUACAGCUCCACCGUUCACAGCUUCCUUCCUCUGGCCCGAAAGAUCGACGUCGUCACGCUCCUUGCUGUCUUCCAAUCGACGCACACCAAUUCGACCCCGCUAUGACGGCCACCACCAACGCAUGGACGACCUCGUCCCCCACUCCGGAUGCUGACCUCGCUUCUCACAUUUCAAACCUCUCUGUGGACGACUUCGCAAGCAGCACCAGCGGCGGAGGCAACCCUUCCUCAUACAACGUGCACACUCCUCCGCGCCCAGCCGCUUAUCCUCCCUUCGACGCCAACGCACAGUUCCUAUACUACGCUGUUGCCGCCAGCGGUAAUACUCUCGACCCUGCCACUUUCUCCCCCCAGCACUACCCUUACGAACUGAGCACACCUCUGCCCUCGCAGCCCGCGAGCAUGACUUAUGACCCCUACCCCUCUCCCUCAGAGAGCUAUGUGCAACACGGUGAGGCUCGAGCCACCUCCGCCACGUCAUUCCAGCAGCAGCAGCCCGGCCUCCUCGGCGCACGCGGCAACCAGGCAGCUUAUCGCCCCCCUCACAUGGUUCAGCAGCUUCGGGAGCUCCAGGACCUUACCGCAGCCCAGCAGCAGCAGCAGCAAUACUUUUACGGGCAGCGCUCGCCGUUUUGGGCGUCUCUCCACGCACCUGAGCGCGGGAUGGGAGGCAUGGCUUCAUCGGUUGCCAUGACCCCCUCCAACUCGCGCCAGCGCAACCACCGCAUGGGCUCCGGCGGCCCGCGCCGCAAUAACUCGAGCCAGCACUCGCAGGUUACAUCCCCGCUCGCUGGCUUCCCCGACCCUCAGGCGUCGCCCUUCGCUUCCGGCUCACUCGCUGCCUCGUACACGAAUGCCUAUGGCCUUCAGACACCCCUCACUCCGGCUCUAACCGGACCAGGCGGCCAGGCCUACCCCUUCCCCGCAACAUACGGCACGGCAUACUCGCCCACGCCGCUUCACUUUGGUGGCUUUGUACCUAACGGUAAACGGGGGCGCCAUACUCAUGUCGAGGAUCCCAGUGUUGUCCGCAGUCAGCGUCUCGAGGACUUCCGCCAGCGCAAGAACACUCGCAUGGAGUUUUCCGAAAUCUACGGCAGCAUCUGCGAGUUUGCCGGAGACCAACACGGGUCGCGCUUCAUUCAGAACAAGCUCGAGACAGCGUCCCCGGAGGAACGCGCGAAGGUCUUUGAGGAGGUCAUGCCCAAUGCGUACCAGCUCAUGACCGAUGUCUUUGGCAACUAUGUCAUCCAAAAGCUCUUUGAGCACGGCGACCAGCAGCAGAAGGCGGCUCUCGCCAAGAAGAUGGAGGGACACGUCCUUCAGCUGUCCAUGCAGAUGUACGGGUGCCGGGUGAUGCAGAAGGCCCUUGAGCAUCUGCUCCUGGAGCAGCGUGAGAAGCUCGUCGCCGAGCUUGAGGGUCACAUCAUCGAGUGCGUCAAGUCGAGUAAUGCCAACCAUGUCAUUCAACGCCUUAUUUCGCUCGACCCGCCGAAGGAGGUCACCGACGCGUUCAUCGGCCACGUCCAGGAACUUUCGGCCCACCCAUUCGGCUGCCGCGUCCUCCAGAAAUCGUUCGAGGUCCUCGACCCGGUCAAGAUCCGCCCCCUUCUCAACGAGAUGCACAACUGCAGUCUUAAGCUCAUGAUUGACCAGUUUGGCAACUACGUUGUGCAGAGCGUUCUUACCGAUGCCCCCGGUCGCGAAGCCGACCGCGACCGCGUGAUCGGCGGGAUGAAGGGCCGCAUCUUCGAGCUAAGUCGUCACAAGUUCGCGUCCAACGUUGUCGAGCGCGCGAUUCGUACCGCCAAACGUGAAGACAAGCGCGCCAUUAUCGCCGAAAUGAUGGGUGACACGGCUGAAGAGGGCGAGAAUCGCAUCGGCACGUUGCUCCGUGACGGCUUCGGCAACUUUACGGUGCAGACGGCGCUAAGUGAGGCCGACCCGGACCAGCGUGACAAGCUUCUUGGUAUCAUUGUUCCCCUCAUGCCGCAGCUCAGACACUCCCCCUGUGGUCGCCGCCUUGACGCCAAGCUGCAGGAGUACGAGGCGAAGGGUAUUCUUCCUAGUCCAGUGUCGACAACGCCGCCCGAACACAAGGAGGCCGAGGGCGUGAGCGACACCCUCACGGUGCCUAACGGGAAGUCGGCGAACUCCAUCCGCCGCACGGUGAGCCCGGCUUCAAUCGCUUCAACCUGUGACGAGCAACUUGUACUUAAGGCGCUUCUCACGUAAAAUCUUGGCGCUCAGAGCGUCACCACAUCUUAUCAAUCCGUAGACAUAGCCGCAGUAUAUCAAGGAGGAGUUUGUAGAUAGCAAUUGUGCGCUGACGGCACGCGUCUGACAUGAGGAGGGCGGCGCGGUUAUGCAGACAUUCCCGUUUCCUCGCACAGGUGGCGUGAACUGUUGAGAUCUCUACUGCGUUUCAGAGGCUGAGGUCCAGCGUCGCGCGCGUCGACUAGGUCCAGC